UUAUCGGCAAUGGCUCAGGACGAAGUUAGGUUGAAGAGAGCAUUCAUUGAAUGCACUCGUCUUACUGGCCUGGCUCAGUACGGCUGCGACUGGUGUGGCCCGAGCUUGCGUAAAAUACACGCAGAAGGACUGCACAUCACCAGUUCAGAAAGAAUCCUGGUAAGGUGACGGUUAGCUGGUUAGAGCGCUAAACUGCUUGCCCAGUAUCUCUCCGGCUAUAUCCCCUCCUCAGUCACACGACUAGUGGUGGUAUAAUUAUACUUAUCGAAACCGGUGGGUACUGACGCGGAUCAGCUCCACCGACAAAGUUCCAAGUUUCGUGUCCAGAUGACAUGCCGGCAGCUGAUCAUCUCAGUGGACCAAUGCAAGGACAGGACUCACCAAUCCCGAUCACCCAGUCGUCAUUGCGUAAACACUGAAGCGGUAAUUCAAAAGCAAAACAACAGACUGCAGCAUGAGUUCAGGCCCCGGCACACCCUGGGACGACCCUGAAGUCAAUGAGAUCCUGAAGGAGGUCGCGCUGCACGUAGACGAUGGACUGCUGCGACGCAAGUGCCGCAAGUUCAUCACGACGGAGCAGGACAAGAGCCUGAGGAGCAUGGCGAACCCCGUCCAUCGCAACGAGCAUCUGCUGUCAAUGUUGGAAGCCGGUGGCGCCCGAUCGUUUCAGGCGCUACUCGAAGUGCUCGGAAGCCAUGAGAUGCCAGUGGGGCAGGAGAGAUUCUACAAGAAACUACAGGAGCAUUCCAUGAAAUUCAUCGAUGUUGAAAAUUAUGAUCAGGAAGUUCACCGGCUUGUGUACAUUGGGUCGUCUGCACCAUCCAGUGGACACACUGGAGCUGAGGUUGAUUCGAACACGCUUCACCUGCUGGAGAUACGCUACUUGUUUGUGCUGACCGGUUCUGGUCUCAUCGAGGCCACGCCAACUCAGAACAGUGGUGGCAGCGCUAUGAAAGACAGCACUUCAAGGGCCCCUUCACCAGACCAGGCAAGUAGCAGCAGCAGCAGCAGCAGUACUUCAGGUAGAGCAUCGGUGGUCGGACAGUCGAGGAGCGGCGCUCCUGAGUCCGCAGCGCGCCGCAGGCACAAGUACAAAUCCAUACAGGAACAAGAAGAGCUAUACGUCAAGCAACGCCUGAACUGUCGCAUUGUGCUGCUUACGGGAAACAUGGAUGCCCUGCUCAAUGACUUGUCACGGCAAGGAAUUGCCACACCGACGAACAUGGCACAGCUGACAAGCAUACGACAGUCCGGUAUCUACUGCCUAACACCAUGCAGUAAGGAGAAGCAGAAGCCAAUCUACAUGGUUGUCUGUCUGCUAUCCGUUGACAAUUGUCAAUGUCAUCAGCAGCUACUGCGGCUUGCCUUACAAAUGUCGCGGCACAUUGUCAUUUACUUUGGACAAGAGAGCCUGCUGAGUGGUCACGCAUUUAAGCCAAAUGCAACGCUUUCAAAUGGACAAGCAGAGCAUGAGCGCGAUGACGAAUUCACCGUUAGGUGCAAAAGCAGGAAAAAGCUAUUUCUCGCAGAGGAGGUCAACACCAUCCAGCUGCUUGCAUCUGUACUCACCGAGUUUCCCAUCAACAAUAGCAUUGAGAUAUGCCAUCAUCCUGUGCGUCUCCACUGUGUCCUCAACAUUGCCAUGGUGGUCUUCAAGAGUGGUGUUCUGGAGCGCUGUCACGACUUCUGCAAGGAGCAGUUCAAGGGCAAUCUCUUCUCAAAGCUCCUGUCAACACACGGGCAAGCGAGCUGGCACGUCGAGUCACCUCCAUUGGUGCACCUGAUAGGCAUCUGGCAGAGUGAAGUCUUCGAUUUGGGAAGGGCUCACCACUUCACUGUUGACACCACCGACGAGACAGCGUCGUCAUUGACGAUGAGCGGCGGCGGCAGUAACAGUAACAGUGGUCGUAAAGGCACUUCGGACCCGGGAUCAGCGUUGCCGGCAUCGGCGCAGGCUCCCCCCUCGCACACGGUGGACCCCCAUAUAAAUCCAAUGUGGCUUCACGCAAUGUGUGGCUUGAUUGUGACUGGUGUGAUGCAGUGCCGUUCAGUGGUGGACGCACGCACAUGCUCGCAACCCAGGAAGCGUCCGUUUGAAGACACGAAAAUCGAAAAGUCCAACAGCGUCAAGGGCUCAGAAGUUUACGGCCAGCAGUCGAGAGGCGCACUUGCAGAGAUCAAGGAAGAAGUCCAGCUUGGACUGCUGGAGCGAGUGCUACAUGCCUGGAAGGGGCCUGUCCAUGUCACGGCUAUUCUAGCCAAUGGCGAGAGCAGUGAUGUGCAACGCUUCUUGAGGGAGUUUUCGGGAGCACCUGUAAUAGCAGACUUACACAAUGAUGGCAUCACCGGUUUAUUUGCCGUGUGGCAGUUUGCCCACGGAACUGGCAUAUUGCACGUCUUCCUGCUGUUCAACUUCUCCAUGGCGAAAGCUGUGGAUAAGCCUGCAAUGGCGACACUGGUGUUUGCAGCUGUGGCGCUGUCGAACACAUGCCUACUACUAGAGGAUGAGCAGAAUGCAUGGCAUGAGAACCUGCACCGUGUCUGCAGAAUCCUGAGACUGGCCGUGCCCGAGAAGUCACUCCCGCCGCACAGCGGCAAGCGACGGAUGGAGGAGGAGAUACUCUCCGGCACGUUGCUCGUCACUGGAGAUGCAAACAAGAGCAACGACAUGAGUAUGUACAACAGGGAUGCCGACGACCUGGUCCAGCACUUCUUCAGUGAUGUGGUGCCUGUGCACAGUCAGCGGCUUGCCUCAGAAGCAAUCAAACUGCUCUCCUUUCCGAAACGAUUUUGUGCUCCGGUGUACAAGGAGAGCCACAAGCUGGUGACGUGCAUUCAGCUAGUAGCCCGGGCCAUCAAGCUAAAGAAGGUGAACUCUCUGGAUUUUGAAUUGUUCCUGGAGGAGGAGUACCGGCAGUUUCUGCAACGGCUGAAUCGUGUAGCACGCUCUGGUCACACGGGCAUGGGUACUGACGAUGACGAUGAUGAUGAGAUGCACAUCAAGGCCAUCUAUGAGGCUCUGACCAAGAACAUUACCAAGUUCAUCACCAGCAUCAGAAACAACAGCAGCGGAAGCAGUGGCAGCGGUAGCAGCCUUGCCGGCGCAGAUGAUGGCAUAGUGGACGGAGCAGAGCCUGUACUAUUCUAUGUGAGGAUAAGCAGGAAGUAUUCUGAUGUGGUGACUGGAAAGAGUAGCGAUCGCAGUGCCAGCCCGGCCAAGAUUGACUCUGGUGAUGCAGACGCAGACACAAGUCAACCCUGUGAUGGAGAGGUAUUGGUCAUUGAACCGGCGGAGGAACAAAUUCAGUACCAGCGGAGGCUCGCAACAACGGCUAUCGACUCAACGAGAUUGGAGUAUACAGCUACCAUUGAAAAGGGACAGCAACUGACUGAGCUAACUGAUUUCUUUCAGGAAGUGUUCAAGAAAGUGAAUGAGGAGCAUAGGGCGCGACUGGAGCGAAGGAAGAUGGCUGUGUCCAAAUGGGUGGAUCUGAAGAUGGGAGACGGCACAGUGAGAGAUUCAACCGCUCUGCAGAGGCAAAUGAAAUUCUAUAAGAGCAGUCUGGAAGCGUCAUUUCAAGAAGGGCUGUGUGAGAAACCAUGCCGACACAAGUGCCACUUCAAGUGCUUGCUGCCGAAAACAACCGUUGACUUCCAAAGUCACCAGAAGCACGAGUGCUUUACAUGCAAGCAGCGAGAUGGCCAUGCCGAGAAUGCCUGCGACCAGACGUGCACGCACCAUCAGUGCAGUUCUCCGUGUGAUAAACCACACGGCCAUGCGUUCCUGGCACUCUCCAUGGGAGUCACCAUUGACAGUGCCAAUUCCAUCAUCAAGGAUCACCUAUGUCCAGAUCAUCUGUGCAAGCAUCCGUGCGACUUGCAUGCUGACACGACCUGCAUGGAGGAGUCUGGCCAUGAUGGAAGGCAGCACCUCUGCCUGAAUGAACACAGCUGCUCUGAGUUCUGUCAGCAGCCAGGUGUUUGUGAUGACUCUACGGAAACUCCCGAUGGCAGCCAAUAUGAACGCGUCGAAGCCACGGCAAACGGCUGGCGCAAGAAGUGUGGGCUGUCCAUCGCAGUUGGUCGAAAAGAACACGAUGGUGCCCACGCAUGUGGAACUAGCGCGCACAAGUGUGGCAAGCCAUGUCCUGUGUGUGGUCACUGCUGCCGGAAAGAGGUUGGUCACAAUGAUUCAUGCGACACAGAGCACAGCGUGGUGGAGAAUGGAUUCGCCGAUUGGGAGAAGGUUCUGCUUAGGAAUCAAUCCGGCACAGUGUCAGUAGCUGAUCUCUUCCGCCAAAACAACAGUGCAGCUACACCAGGAAGUAAUCUCGGUGCUCGCACAGCUGUCACCUCUUGUUUUGACAUCUGCAAGUUGGCUGGCCCCAAACAUCGGCAUUAUGAUGAACAUGAUGAGCCAGUUGCUCACUCAGUCUUCUGGGAGAAUUCCAACUUUCGAGAUCAAAGUUCCCCAGAGGACAUUGAGAAUUUUGAUGGCUGUCUGGAAAGAUGCCCGUGCUGUAAGGAGAGCUACUGUGAGGAGUACUUCCAGGGUCAUCCAACGCCUACAGCUGAUCACAAUGUAGAUGUGGCCGAUGACAGUGCGGUGUUUACAUUUAUCAGCCAAAGCGGCCAUCGGUUCAAAUGCAGCAGGACACCGUGCUGUGGUGAGCCAUGCCUGCAUAAAGUGAAGCCGGACGCCUCGUGGCGCAGCCAAGGCAAGGCGAUAUUUGUAGCAAUUAAGUGCAACAAGGAAUGCAAAAGGCCACGGUGCCAUACGUCUGAAGCUGGCAGUCCCUGUGACUGUGGCCAGGUGCACGUCUGUGACAAAGAAUGUGCCAGUGCCGGCUGCAAUAAACCCUGCGAGGAGGAGUAUGGAACGGCUCACAAGCCUCAUAGCUGCGGCGAACUGAAGUGUAGUGCAACUUGCGUGUACCAAGGAGAUAAAAGCCAUCUCGAUAGCGGCAGCCACAGUCGUAGUGCCAAGAAGAAAUGCGACAAGCCGUGUAAGUUGAGUCAUUUCCAUCAUGGCCAGAAAUGCUUCUGUGGAGAACACAUGUGCAGAAAAAGAUGCACAAUCCGUCCUGAAGGCCGUUGUCCACUAGCUAAGCAGGGUGGUGGUGCUAUUGAUGGUGAUGAUGAAGAUGUGUACUGUAAAACGCUAUUGACAUCCAUGGAGGAUGAGCACAAGGGGAACUGUACGUUCACAUGUGGUGAGGAAAGGGAAGAUCACCUUUGCCCCAAAGAAUGCGUGAACGCACGGAAAAGAAAGACAUCAGUUUGCAAGACACACUGCUCUAAGCUACUAUCCCAGCAUGCAGACAGGACUCAUAUUUGUGAUGGAUGUCUGGAGCAGAGGAAACCAGUUGAUGGCAACCAGCAACACCCGCCAAUGGACACAAGCAUGUUGCCACGUCCCUGUGGACAAUUGCAAUCCACUAUGGGCACCAUGCAGGAGAACAGUGAGAGCUCCGCUGUGGAAGCGAACACUAGCAUCGAUCGGAUGGAAAUGCAGUCGGGUGAUAUCGCCACACAGCAAGCAUAUGACAAAACGCUGACUGCUGUGGAGUCAAUCGACCAAGAGCAAUCAGCGCGGCUCGACAAAGAAUAUGAUGGUGCAAGCGAGCGGGCACAUCCAACCCCGGCAUCGGAAACGGGAAGUUCUGAACAUGACCUGUCGGAUCGUGAACAGGGCUCUGCUAUGACGGAAGGUGAGCAUGAGCGGUAUCAGCCAGGGAGACCAGCACCAGCACAGAAAGACACCACCGGGGACGAACAACCAGCAUCGGACAGUUGCCAGCCUAGGGAGGAGAAAGACGCCGCUCAAAAUUCCAGCGAGCAGAGUGACAUCCAGAGUCACGAGCAAGACGGACACUCUAGCCAUGAACCCGUCGCCUGCAGUGAACAGGCAUUCUACGACCAAGGCGAAGAAGGGAUAGGAGAAGACCCGACACACCAGAUGCCAUCAGAUGGAAGUGGCAGUGAAGCAGAUGACAGGCAGCACUUGCUUGGUUAAAGCAAAAUCAAGUGUCCACUGCAGCGGAUUUCAAGUCCACUACACCCUACAGUGCUAGUUUGCCCGUCAGUUGGAUUCACGCCGCAGUGGCUCAGGGACGCAGUGCUAUCACGUUAUGUCCAAUCAUACAACGUCAUGGUAUGCAGAGCCGGAGACUUCUAUUUGCAAGAUUUUGGUGUAACACUAUUGCUUCCUAUGUGUUACGCUACAGUGUGUGUGUGCGUGCGUGCGUGCGUGCGUGCGUGCGUGCGUGC